CUCGCGGCGAGGCGGGGGUGCGUACUUCCGGCUGCCGGCUUGACAUGCAGAAGCCGCUGCUGGGGAGGUUGGGGCUGCGGUGGUGGCGGGCAACGGGCCUCGGGACGCGGAGCGACGCGGCCUAGCGCGGCGGACUGCCGAGGGGACUCGGGCAGCCGACCCGUCCCGCCAUGGAGAUGGAGAAGGAGUUCGAGGAGAUCGACAAGGCUGGGAACUGGAUGGCUAUUUACCAGGAUAUUCGACACGAAGCCAGUGACUUCCCAUGCAAAGUAGCGAAACUUCCUAAGAACAAAAACCGGAACAGGUACCGAGAUGUCAGCCCUUUUGACCACAGUCGGAUCAAGUUGCACCAUGAAGAUAAUGACUAUAUCAAUGCCAGCUUGAUAAAAAUGGAAGAAGCGCAGAGGAGCUAUAUUCUCACCCAGGGCCCUUUACCAAACACAUGUGGUCACUUCUGGGAGAUGGUGUGGGAGCAGAAGAGCAGGGGCGUGGUCAUGCUCAACCGCAUCAUGGAGAAAGGCUCGCUAAAAUGUGCCCAGUAUUGGCCACAGAAAGAAGAAAAGGAGAUGGUCUUUGACGACACAAAUUUGAAGUUGACACUAAUCUGUGAAGAUGUCAAGUCAUAUUACACAGUACGACAGUUGGAGUUGGAAAACCUGGCUACCCAGGAGGCCCGAGAGAUCCUGCAUUUCCACUACACCACAUGGCCUGACUUUGGAGUCCCGGAGUCACCAGCCUCUUUCCUCAAUUUCCUAUUCAAAGUCCGAGAGUCGGGCUCGCUCAGCCCAGAGCACGGCCCCAUUGUGGUCCACUGCAGCGCUGGCAUCGGGAGGUCGGGGACCUUCUGUCUGGCUGACACCUGCCUCUUACUGAUGGACAAGAGGAAAGACCCAUCGUCUGUGGACAUCAAGAAAGUGCUGCUGGAGAUGCGCAGGUUCCGCAUGGGCCUCAUCCAGACGGCCGACCAGCUGCGCUUCUCCUACCUGGCUGUCAUUGAGGGUGCAAAGUUCAUUAUGGGCGACUCGUCAAUGCAGGAUCAGUGGAAGGAGCUCUCCCGUGAAGACCUGGAGCCACCACCUGAGCACGUUCCCCCACCUCCCCGGCCACCCAAACGCACACUGGAGCCUCAUAAUGGGAAGUGCAAGGGGCUCUUCUCCAAUCACCAGUGGGUGAGCGAGGAAACCUGUGAGGAUGAAGACAGCCUGGCCAGAGAGGAAGGCAGAGCCCCCUCAAGUGCCAUGUGCAGCGUGAGCAGCAUGAGUCAAGACACUGAAGUUAGGAGACGGAUGGUGGCUGGAGGUCUUCAAAGUGCUCAGGCAUCUGUCCCCACCAAGGAAGAGCUGUCCUCAACUGAGGAGGAACGAGAGGCGCACUGUCCAACUCCCUGGAAGCCCUUCCUGGUCAAUGUGUGCAUGGCCACGAUCCUGGCCACCGGCGCAUACUUCUGCUACCGGGUUUGUUUUCACUGACAGACAGGGAGGCAUGAGCGUGGUGGGCACUGCCACUGCCCAGCUUAGGAUUCGGUCUGCGGCGUCUGACCAGGUGUAGAGGGAACAACAGCCCGAAAGCCUGCGCUGGAACUGGAAGGGCCAGCCCCAGGAGGGGCAUCAGUGCACUGGGCUUUGAAGGAGCCCCUGGUCCCAAGAACAGAGUCUAAUCUCAGGGCCUUAACCUGUUCAGGAGAAGUAGAGGAAAUGCCAAAUACUCUUCUUGCUCUCGCCUCACUCCUCCCCUUUCUCUGGUUCGUUUGUUUUUGGAAAAAAAAAAAAAAAGAAUUACAACACAUUGUUGUUUUUAACAUUUAUAAAGGCAGGUUUUUGUUAUUUCUGGAGGAUAAAAAAAGAUGCUAGGCACUGGUGAGAUUCUCUUGUGCCCUUUGGCAUGUGGUCAGAUUCAUGAUUUCCAUUGAUUUCCAGGGAAAGGAUCCCGCUGCUCAGGACUGUAAAGUUCCUGCUGGCUUGGGCAGCCCUCACUGUGCACCCUGAGCUUGCAGGUGCCCAGGAGCCCCACCCUGUUGUGAGGAGGGCAGCUGCAUGCAGGGCAGCCCGACACUCAGGUGUCCCCUGGGGUUCCAUCAUCCUCCGUCUCCUCCCUCUUUGUGACCACAAUCUUGCAGAUGGCCCAGCCCUCACCACCCCAUCCCUGUAAAUGGGUUUCCCUGAGAGCCUUGCGUCAGGGUCAGAGGUGGCUGCCAGCCUUAGUGCUGGGGUUUCCAUUUCAUUUGGAAAGUCAUUACUACUUUGUGUAGAAGCCACUCCACUGAGGUGCAAGCCAGACUGGUAAAGGAGGAAAGAGCCUUGGUGUCAUGGAUGCCACUCGGCAGGACCUGUACCAACCUCUGAAACACUCAGUCCUGGUCCAGUGAACAUCCUUGAAGGCAAAGACUUUUCCUGAGUGCUGAUUUUCAGUCUGGACCCAUAAACACCACCGGGAGCUUACCACGCUGCCUUCGACGCUGGUGUGGCUGAGGCUGUGGGAGCGCUGUGGGCACAGCCAGUGCAGUUGCUUUUGUGAGUUGCUGCCCAGGAGCUUAGCCGGCUCUCCUGCCUCCAGGCUGCAGGCCACAGUGGCCAUGGUGGCCGGCCGGAGAGCGAGCUGCGAUGGAGGCUUGUUCACGUGGAGCCACCUUCCCAGGCCGUGCAUCUCCCUUCCUGCUUUACUUUCCGCUUCCUUCCCGGAGGAGCAAGCCCACCAUCAUGAGGAGUGCAAUGGAGCGGCAGGGUUAGAGCAGCGUGCAGCGUGAGGCCUGCCCUCCGGAGGAGCCACUCUACUCUUAUUUAUUCACUUUGCCCAGAGGCGGCCCCCGCGUGAGCAUACUCUGAAACUGACCUUGUAAGGUGUCUACCUGCACCCAGGACUGUCAGGUACAGGAACAGGUCAGUCCUAGGAUUGAGGCAGGAGUGCAGGACUGACAAGAGUCACUGUGUGGCCAGUGCUGGGGCCAGGAGCUGGAGCAGUCUUCAGGAGCAUAGGACAGUGGUGUGGCGCAAAGUCCCUGUGGCUACUGAUGGGAUGUGCAUGAUGGAGGCUGGACUUUCUGUCCACGACCUUCUAGAUCCCAUUCCCGCCUCUGCCUUCCUUGUAAGUUAGAAAAAUCAGCUCCUGUCCUGGUAGUGCCAUGUGCUUGACAUGGAAAACUUAGAAGCCUGCUCACUGCCAAGCACUUCUCGUGCUCUGACCAGAAGUGGCCAUCGCUGAGUAACCACUGAGUGAGAGCAGUGCUGUCCAGUGCAGAUGCCACCUGACUCCUGGCAGGACACUUCAGGCUUCUGGCCUACCCCACCACGCCUCGCUGGAUCUCAGACAUUCCACACUCACACCUCAUUCCCUGGAUACUUAGGCAAGCAGGGCCUUUCCACCUCUGGGAUCAGCCCCUCCAUUCCAAGUUCAUGGCAUUCUGGAGCAGGCUGGGACUGGAAGCAAGGCAGCUUGUGAGAAGCACCCUCCUGGGGAGAGUGUGGUGACAGUCCUUACAGUCAGCCUGCUGCCCUUGCUGGCCCAGGUCACCUUGCCCAGAAGUGUGCGGCUCUUGAGCCUGGGAGAGACUGAUGAUGGUGCUCAUGACUCUUCUGUGAGGGGACUUAACCUCCACAUUGGGUGGCUUUUUUAAAAUAAGCGAAGGCAGCUGGAACUCCAAACUGCCUCUUGCCAGCAUUUCACAUUUUGCCUUUCACCCAGAGAAGCCAGCACAGAGCCACUGGGGAACGGUGAUGGCCUCGCCUGUAGAGCCUGAGGAGGUGGCACAGCCAGGGUCCAGGCUGGGAGCAGUCAGCAGUGGGCUGUCUGGAGUAGUGCGGUGUAUACAGCAGCCUUAGAGGUGGCUAUCCUGGAGAACAGGCGCUCUGCCCUGUCGCCCCUGUUGGAGGUAGCAAGCUGCUGUAUGCCUUAAGUCAAUAUUUACUCAGCAGGGCGUGUCUCUCUCUCUCUCUCUCUCUCUCUCUUUCUCUCUCUCUCUCUGUCUUUAAAUGGCCAUAGAAUAAACCAUUUUUACAAAAAUAAAAACCAACAAAAAAAAGUGUUCUGGAAUAAUACCUUUGCAGGUGUGUGGGGUGUCUCAGGGUCUUCUGUGACUUCACAGAACUGUCUGACUGCACCAUUUCCAACUUGCUGUCUCACUAAUGGGUCUGCAUUAGUUGCAACAAUAAAUGUUUUUAAAGAACA